UGAUAAUUUUAGACUUCCCACAGUUUUAUUAUUUAAAUGACGCGGAAUAAUUUUUAAACCGGAAAUACAAUGGAUAAUAUUGUAAUCGUUGUAAUGUUUGGUUGUGUAUGAUCAAGCAUACUCAUCAUCCUCAUCAUGCUUGAUUAUGUGUUGUUCCUGUGCUGACGGGGUUGUGUGAUAUAGAUAGCGUAUGUCAUAUGCAGGACAAUGCCACAGCAUGGCAGAGCCCUCAGCAGGACAGAAGCAAAAGGACAGCAGUCAUGGCAAAAUAGUUCAUCUGGAUCCAGUCUUCGGUACCACAAUGGACCCAUCUCCUACAGCAGCGAUAGUACAGAUAGCAGUUAUAGAGAUCUGCCCACAGCCUUCUGUGGUCGCAGCAGUGGAAAUUAUGAAAAAAUGACAAGACAAGAUUAUGAAUAUCUUGAAAAAUCAGUGUUAGAAUAUUUUGAUAAGAAAUUCUACUUCAGCCCCCCAUUAUGUAACUGGAGAUUGCCAGGACCUAGUGAGAUGUUUUUUGCUGACAGGUGGAAGGAUGAGUCACUGCAGAAGCUCAAGGAUGAGCUGAACAGUGUGAAGAGCAAACUGGACUUUUACGAUCUGAACAGUUGGCACAAACACACCCGUGUCAUGAACAAGGCCAGCGAGAUCCAGUGGAAAUUGCGAAAGGAGGUGGAUCCAGAGUUGCUGACACAGGCUUGGUGCAAGUUUUAUGAGAAUGUCAUGUCUUUCAAUCUGGUACCCCCUGUUAUCGUGAACACUGGAUGCUUGAAUUCGGUGCACCUGUGUGAGGCCCCAGGUGCAUUCAUCACAUCCCUAAACCAUUACCUGAAGCUGCACAACCCUGACAUUGAUUGGAAUUGGUUUGCUACAACUCUGAAUCCUUACUAUGAGGGGAACCCCCUGUCAUGCAUGAUCAAUGAUGAUCGUUUCAUUCUUCAUACUCUGGAUAAAUGGAAUUUUGGUCUUGACUACACGGGAGAUCUGAUGGACAUAAAAAACAUGUUACAUAUCGUGAAGAAGGCAACAGAAAUGGGAGAUGUGCUCCUG